CUAUCCAUAACGUUCUAUAAUUUUCUAUCAAGCAGUUUGACCUUCAAAAAUCUCUCGUGUCACAAUUUUGCAAAUUAUUUUGUAAUUUAUUCGUUUGGCCUUCUCGCGUGUCUCAAAUCUUUAUUCAUUGACCAAUAAAUUCACCAUAAGCGAUGAACGCCCAGCAAAUUGUCACCUGCGAGUGUCACCUCCAUGGGGGUCGUCCGGUCGCGUGCUGCGGCGACUUUGUCUGUCCACUGCAGGGCAAAGCUUCCUCAAGCCCACCGCGCAGGUCAUCGGGUGACCGCGCAGGCUUGGGCGAGUACGUCGGCAAGUCACGCGUUAGCGCGAUCCGGCAACUUUUCGAGGACAAAAUUCAAGUUAGCAGUGCAAAUUCCUCCCGAGCGGAUCUUCGGAGUCGGUCACGUCGCAGAAGUGCCACGUCCUCACCAUCGCUGGAGACCAUACGGCAACCCAUCACCGAAGGAGACGACGAAUCUGACCCCCAGAUCUACCGGAGUCGUACGCAGAUAACCCACAUACCGAACGGGGUAAAGAUCACCACGACCAUCCUCGCCGGGGAGAACCUUGAUCUGGCCAACGGCAGUGGACUGCCACCCCCGGUCGGUGAAGGUCCUUCCGUUUACGAGACCCUAAUGUACCCCGAAAGUGAAAUCAUCAAGCGGUUCGAGAUAGAUCUGAAUCGGAAGGGUCGUUAGGGGGGAAAUAAAUCAAAAUGUGCGAUGCGAUCG